ACCAUGCUACAGUGCACUGUAACCAUGCUGCUGUGUAUUAAUCAUGCUUUUCGAAGUUACGCUGAUGAACGAGAAAUGACCAGCGAGCAGUUUGAUUAUUUACUCGCUUCGUAGAAGUUUAUUAGCGGACUGAAAAACCAAGGAAUGGUUGUUAUAAUCCUGCCCAGGUGACGAUGGAUUCGCUGCCGAAGCUGCUGCCUGUGUGGCCCAACGCUGCUGAACACGCAUUAGCCGAACUGGUUGAUUUCAGCGUCGACGCGAAAUAUCAACCAGACUUUGGAGGUGCUGGUGUGGAUGUCCAAACGAAUGAUGACGGACUUCCGCAUUUCUCGACCUUAAAGUGUCACGAUUCUCGACGGAACAAGCUGUCCGCGCAGUAUUUGACGCUGCCUCUGUCGGUUCCGAACAGGGUUGCAAGUGCAGUGGAACCGUGCUUACAAUAUCAGCUUGACCUAAAUAGACGAAUACGCGCCUUCGAGUCAACGAUUGGCGUUUACCGCGGUUAUAUCAAACGCAAAGGCCCCUUCGCAAGCGCUGUUCAAGAAAUCGAAGAAGCCCUGAUGUCAAAAAAGCCUCGCACAGAACUUAGAAACAUGAACAUUCAUCGGAGCCUACUAGAGUUAAUACAAAUACAACCUGAAUCGUUCUGCUACCGGUUGGGAUUUCACUGGAGGAUGCCUUGCCACAAUUCCUCAUCCUUUAUCAAAUGGAUCCAUCCUGCUGGCCCACCCAUCUGGGACGAGCUAGACAAGCUAGCCAUAUCUGAAUAUCAGCCGGCUCCUUUUCACUCAAAAGAAGCAUUCCUGGAGAAGCAAUCAAGUCUGGUUCUGGAAUCAGCUGGAACUAACGGCACAAUUUUUCAAGUGAGCUUACAGCACGUUCAAAAAGAGACGACAUGCUGUGUUCGAUUAAGAAACAGUUGUCAGUAUAUUCGUUUGUUUGACACACUGAAGAAGGAACCAGCGAUGCUCUCGGAAUUUUCGUAUGAUAGCGGCGUUUGUUGUACUACACCAAGCAAGCAUAUCUUUGGAGAACUUGUUGCCAUUACAGAAGAUGGAAACGUGCUUCUGCAGCAGUGUGAUCGAACUGAACCUUCGUGGAGAGCUUCCGUGUCUCACGAACGUCCAUCCAGCAAUCAGUGGUGGUGCACUAGUUUUGGAAGCCAUCCUAGACACAUCUGCUACAUGGACCGCUCUGGAUUGUACAGCCUCGAUGCGAGACGACCAGGUUCUCGCAAGCACACAUUUUGCACUAUACAACAUGAAGCAUUUCUGAAAGACGAAUUCAUGUUGUUCGAACCAAACCCUCUUAACUGUCAUCAGUUAUACUUGGCGAGCUCAAAGAUGUUGUCGGUAUGGGAUGAGCGACACACUAGACAGCCAGUUCUGACUUGGAACCACUGCUUACAACAUUCGCCAACAUUUUUAGAAUUCACUCUUUUCCAAGACUUUGACGAUCGAAGCCAUCGUGAUCUCUACGUCACGUUGGGCUCACAGAGGUCACGGCAGGUUGCCAUCUUUCAUGUUCGUCAGGACUCUCUGUCCGUUCAGCCGAUUUCCCUAGUGCCCCCAUGGCACUUGUCCCGGCCAAGCGAUUUCGCAAAGCACCUUGAACAUCAAGGGUGUACCAUAGAUGAACAUGUGCUUAGGCGAGUCAAGGCCCCACUCAUAGGAGGCUGCAUGGUCGACUGUGGGAGCGGGGCUUUCUCAGCACUGCAGCUGACGUCAUACGGAGAUAUAUUCCAUCAGGACUUUGUGUGGGACGGCGAUAAGCCCUUGUGCAGGAGUGACUGGAACUUCAGUGCUGGCUGCAAGCUGCUGCCAGUUCCAGAAAUAGAACAGAGAGUAAAGUGGUGGACUGACCUUGUCAUUGCUACAGACACUGUCAACAAGGAUGGACCAGAGAAGCAUCCACUGCUUGUUAAUCAUUUCAUUCAGUAUCGAGGAGUCGCUUCGGAUGAUAACGAUCCUCUGACACAACGCAACAGGGCAAAGCUUUCCAACCUGCAAAACAUGAUCAUUCAAGCCAUGAAUGAGAACAAAACACUGUCCUCAGAAGAGUGGAAACAAGCCGUAACAGCAAACAGCGCAGAUAUCUCGCAAGAUGAGAGUGGUGUGGAUGAAGCUAGAAGCUCGUUGGAAGCCAUCCACCUUGGUACUUGGGAUCGAACUGCGAGACGCUAUCUUGAACUUUGGACAGAAACAACUGGAUGUCCACUAAGCACCAGUGAAAAGAAUGAAGAUGCAGCAUGCUUCCAUAAUGGAGUUUUCACAGGACUGCACAGGUGAACAGAAGCAGCAGGAAGAGGAACAGCAUCUAGAAAUUCAGGGGAAGACCUGGCAGGGCGUGCUUCAUGGCGAGGGCCCGGUUAUGACCCUGACAUCCAGAGCCGCCAAUCCUUCAACAGAUAUGCUCUUACGAAAUACUGAGCCUGAAUACUACGACCCAA